UGCCUUCUGUUGUGGGAGAAGAAGAAUGAAGAACGGGUUUCACAUUUCAAAUUCUUCCCCCUAUCUUUUCUUCUAAACGACGAAAAGAGCGACAAACGCGAACAUGGAGGAGAAGAGAAGAAAAAACAAGGGCUUGUCUUCAACCGGAGCUCUUCCAUGGUGAACUGCGAUUGAGACGAGAGAGAGGUGAGAAGAACUGAUGAGGAAGCCUAAUUAGAAAUAGCACAGGUAAUCCUGGAAUUAUUAAUUUGGUUUGAGGGUAUAUUUGGAAGAAAUUAUAACAAACGCUACUUAAUAGUCAACGGUUGAGGUUGGGUGGGACGGGGGAUCCGGCGAAGGAGUUAGUGGGAAUGUAAAAAAGAGGUUAAUUGGAAUUGGAUUGCUGUGUUUGUGUCGCUGUCACUUGUCACUUACCCACCAAUUAUUGUAUUUGACGCCUCAUACAAUUUAAUCUCACAAGUCAGAAUCUCUCUCUCUCUGCGUCAGUGAGUGUGCGUGCUCAAUUUGGGAACUCAGCUCAACCCAACACACAACAAAUCAAUUCCCUCUCUCCUGUGGCCGUUGCUUCCUUCAGUAUUCAUUCAUCGAAAUUCCGUUACCUAUUUUAUAUAUGCUGUUGCCGCCGUUCUCUCACCAAACCGAAUCCAACCUUUAUUUGAAUAUUUAUUUGGUAUUUAUAUUCAUAUACCAACACCAAGCCGUUCUAUUCUUUCUCACUCACUGAUUGGGUCUUCCAUUGAGGAGGAUGAUGAUGAAUUUAGAGAAUAUAUGGACCAGAAAGACUCUAAUAGGCCUUGCCUUGGGACAGUUCCUUUCACUUCUCAUCACUUCCACCGGCUUCACCUCUUCCGAGCUCGCUAAAAAAGGAAUCAAUGCGCCAACUUCGCAGUCUUUUCUAAACUAUGUGCUCUUGGCCAUUGUGUACGGAGCUGUUCUGAUACACCGAAGAAAAGCAUUCAAGGCUAAAUGGUAUUAUUAUAUUGUUCUUGGAUUGGUUGAUGUUGAGGCAAAUUUUCUUGUUGUGAAGGCAUACCAAUACACAUCACUUACCAGUGUCAUGCUGCUUGACUGCUGGUCCAUCCCCUCUGUCAUGCUUCUCACAUGGCUUUUCUUGAAAACCAAAUAUAGAUUUAAAAAGAUUACCGGUGUUAUAGUUUGCGUCGCUGGCCUUGUCCUUGUCGUCUUUUCCGAUGUUCAUUCCGGUGAUCGUGCAGGUGGAAGCAAUCCUCGCAAAGGAGACAUUCUUGUUAUUGCUGGUGCUACCUUGUAUGCAAUCAGUAAUGUCAGUGAGGAAUUUCUGGUGAAAAAUGCUGAUAGAGUUGAGCUCAUGGCAAUGUUAGGUAUCUUUGGUGGCAUUAUCAGUGCCAUUCAAAUAAGUAUACUUGAGCGCAAUGAACUCAGAUCAAUUCAUUGGUCAGCUGGGGCAGCACUCCCAUUUAUUGGAUUUGCAGUGGCUAUGUUUAUGUUUUACUCUUUAGUCCCUGUUCUGCUUAAGCGUAAUGGUUCUACAAUGCUGAAUCUGUCUCUGUUGACAUCAGACAUGUGGUCAGUGGUAAUUCGCAUAUUUGCAUACCAUGAAAAGGUUGAUUGGAUGUACUUUGUAGCCUUUGGUGCGGUUGUUGUUGGGCUUAUUAUAUACUCUGGGGGUGAGAAGGACGAGGAUGAACAGCCUGCCAAUGUUGGUGAAGAAGAUAAACAAGACGAGGAAGCCAAUCCAGAAGGAGGAAGUCAUAGCAAAGCAAAUGUGGCUGGAACCUCCAAAACCUGGGUAUCUUAACCAGCCGUAGAUUCUUAUGUUAUAGGAACACUCCUUCAUAUCAGAAAUGGAGAUUGGAGAAAGAGUUUAUUUUUUCAUACAUCUAAUGUGCAAGCUGUCUUUUUUGACGACAAACUAUUUUAUACUAAUAAAUCACGUCUACAUUGCAUUACA